ACGAGUCGCGCGCCGCCGCAUCCGCUUGUCGCGCCGUCGUCGACCUACCUGCUCGGCCGCGCCGCUCGCUGCCCAGGUCCGCUCGCCACGACCUCGGCCGCCACGCACUCGCCGUCGCCGCGGCCUUGCUCCUGCGCCUCCUCACGGGCCAGCCGCUCUCGGCCCGCUACCAGGCGCGCGCUUGGGGGGAUCCGGCCCCUAAACCCUAGAGCUCGCCGGCUCGGCUCGCUCCCCCCGCGCUGGCAGCGGCAAUGGAGGACGAGGAGAUGGAGAAGAAGGUGCAGCAGUACCUGCAGCGCAAGGGGUUCCGCCUCACCGAGCUCGCGCUGCAGGAGGAGCGCAACCGCCUCUCCACCUCAGUCAUCUCCGACGUUGCGCUUGAGAGGUCUGACAAUGAUCCGGCAAGAUACCAUGAUGGAUAUAGUAAACUAAGAACAUGGGCAUAUAGUUCUCUUGAUCAAUACAAGCACGAAUUACUUCGUGUCCUUUACCCAGUUUUUAUCCAUUGCUUCAUGGAUCUAGUGGCAGAGGGACAUAUGCAAGAAGCUCGGUCAUUUUUCCAUACAUUUCGAGAAGAUCAUGAAGUGAUGCAUUCAAGGGAUCUUCAGAAGCUGGAAGGUGUCCUCUCUCCUUCACAUUUGGAGGAAAUGGAACUGGCCCGAUCUUUAAGGCAAAAUAAAUUUAAAAUUAAAAUGUGCGAGUAUUCAUAUCAAUUGCUUCUCCAGUAUCUCCAGAAAACACAAGCUUUUGUGGUGCUGGGAGUAAUCAAUCAGCACAUAACUUUUGAAGUAUCUCCUGGGCAGCCCUCAUUAAUCUCUGAUGAUGCGGAUGUUGUUGCUCUGAUUGGGACAAGUAAGGACUUGGCAAAACAGAUAAAUCAGAAGGAAGUACAUUGGGGGUUGCUUGAAGAUUCCGUUGAAGAGCGAAUGGAGAAGGCGCUAGCAGAAUCUGAUAAAAUUGAAGCUGAAAGCAAGGAUGCUGAAGCAGAAGAUAAUAAGAAAAGAAACGCAGAAGGUGGAAAGCAAGGUGCUUCUAAUAAGAAGACCAAAAAGGAUAAGCUUGUAGGUGCAACUGGAAAAAAUGUCAGAACUGAAACAAGCAUGGUUUCUGUGGCACCUCGAGUGAAGCCGGAGCUAACUCUUCCAACGACGCCUAUUGAAGUUGAACAAUCAAUUCUUGAGGACCUGAGGAACCGUGCACAAUUGAAUAGUAUGGCAUUGCCCUCUGUUAGCUUCUACACAUUCCUUAAUACACAUAAUGGAUUGAACUGCUCAUCGAUAUCACACGAUGGAUCUUUGGUUGUGGGUGGAUUUUCUGAUUCGUCAGUAAAGGUCUGGGAUAUGUCAAAGAUUGGUCAAUCAGGAAAAACAUCUAGUUCACAGGGGGAGACUGGAUCUCAGGGUGUUCGCGUAUCAACAGUAGAUGAGGGAAAAAGACCCUAUACACUAUUCCAAGGUCAUUCUGGACCAGUUUAUUCCGCGGCCUUUAGCCCAUUUGGGGAUUUUCUCCUAUCAUCAUCUUCAGACUCGACAAUUAGACUGUGGAGCACCAAGCUGAACGCCAAUCUUGUCUGUUACAAAGGACACAACUACCCUGUUUGGGAUGUCCAAUUUAGUCCAGUUGGCCAUUACUUUGCUAGUGCUUCGCAUGACAGGACUGCUAGAAUCUGGUCGAUGGAUAAAAUUCAACCUUUGCGAAUAAUGGCUGGGCAUCUUUCCGAUGUUGAUUGUGUCCAGUGGCAUGUAAACUGUAACUACAUUGCCACCGGCUCUAGCGACAAAACCGUAAGACUAUGGGAUGUACAGACAGGUGAAUGUAUACGGAUGUUUAUUGGUCAUAGGAGUAUGGUUUUAUCACUGGCAAUGUCACCCGAUGGACGAUACAUGGCCUCUGGAGACGAAGAUGGAACCAUCAUGAUGUGGGAUCUCUCAACUGGUCGCUGUGUUUCACCAUUGCUAGGACACGGUUCUUGUGUGUGGACACUUGCUUUCAGCUGUGAGGGGGCAAUGCUUGCAUCUGGAUCAGCUGACUGUACUGUAAAACUCUGGGAUGUCGCUUCCAGCACAAAGGCCCUGAAGACGGAGGACACCAAAGGUGGUUCAGCUAACCGACUGAGGCUUCUUAAAGCUCUCCCUACGAAAUCUACUCCUGUUUAUAGCCUGCGGUUCUCUCGAAGGAAUCUUCUGUUUGCAUCCGGUGCGCUCUCGCUUAGCUAGUCGUAAGCUAUAUAUUUUCUAGAAGACAACUGGAAUUGUUUCGUUGUGGCAUCAAGUAGUAAGCUGACAUUUUGUGUACUUGACUGUGGAUCUUAUUAUAGAGUUAACAUUUUUAUAAGGGAUCUGUGACCAGAAAGCACUGCAGAUACUUCAUAGCGCGAGUGUAAUAUUGUAACAUUAUUAGGUAAUUACAUUACAUCGUGUAAAAUUAUUAUUUUGUAGG